CCCCAUGUCCACAUUCAUCUUCCUUCUCCUUCCCCAUCUUUCCUUAGUCUCUCUCCCUCUGACACUUGUCUCUCGGGUCUGUGUUUCUCUGACACUUUCUCUGGUUCUCCACCUUCUUAUGUUACUUUUCUUACAUUUCCCAGUCUUCUCUGUGUCUCUUUACCCCCAACCCUUACCAGCACCUUCCCCUGAGCCACCCACUCUGUCCACCCUGCCCUGGGGUCCCCCUCCCUCCCUGGGUUCCUCCCAGAUUAAACACCUUCCUUGGGCGGGUUCUCAUUAAUGUGGUGGCUGCUUCUCUGACCAGAGAAGGGAGGGAGGAGAUGGGACCAGGGAGUCCUGGAGUCCUGGAAUGGGAAAUGGGCAAUAAAAAAAUGUCAGGAGAAGGGCGGGGGUGGGGGAGGCAGGGCCUGUUGCCCAGGCCAGGGAUAAAAGGGCUCCACAGAGUGACAGGGAAUCAAGGCACCAACCCCCUUCCUGCACACACAGAGACGCAUCCACGUCUCGAAGGGUCUUGGUCUCUGUGUAAGGCCUUCACUGUCUCUGUCCCUCAUCUCUGGGUCUCUUGCAGCCUCCUUCUCUCUCACUUUCUCUUUGCAUUUGCCAGAACCUGACCUCCAGACCCCAGAAUGCUCCUCCUGCUGACAGCACUCCAGAUCAUGGCUCUAGCCAUGGCACAGAGCCAAGAGGAUAAGGACAAGAUACUUGGUGGUUAUACAUGCAUCCAGAACUCCCAGCCAUGGCAGGCGGCCUUACUGGCAGGUCCCUUUCGUAGUUUCCUCUGUGGAGGGGUCCUGCUGUCAGGCCAAUGGGUCAUCACCGCUGCUCACUGUGCCCGCCCGAUCCUUCAUGUAGCCCUGGGCAAGCACAACCUGAAGAACUGGGAGGCUACCCAGCAGGUGGUACGUGUGGUUCGCCAGGUGCGACACCCCCACUACAACUCCCGGACCCACAACAACGACCUGAUGCUGCUGCGGCUGGAGCGGCCUGUUCGGCUGGGGAGGGCGGUGAAGCCCAUCGCCGUGGCCAGUACCUGCACGAGCCCAGGGACCCCCUGUCUCGUGUCUGGCUGGGGCACCACAUCUAGCCCCAUUGCCAGGUACCCCAACUCCCUGCAGUGCGUGAACAUCAACAUCUUCUCGGACCAAGAGUGUCAGGGGGCUUAUCCCGGAGCCAUCACUGCCGGCAUGGUCUGUGCAGGUGUUCCCCAAGGAGGGAAGGACUCCUGUCAGGGCGACUCAGGGGGACCCCUGGUGUGCAAAGGGCAGCUCCAGGGCCUCGUUUCCUGGGGGAUGGAGCGUUGUGCCCUGCCCGGCUACCCUGGGGUCUACACCAACCUGUGCAAGUACCAGACCUGGAUCCAGAAAACCAUACGGAGAAGAUGAUUGUUGGUAUGACUUAACAUCAGCUGCCCAGCUGUCUCCCCAGACCCUGCUCUCUCCACUCAAGACCCAGGAGUCCCAGCCCCCAGCCCCCCAGCCCUCCUCCUCCCUCAGACCCAGGAGUCUGGGCCCCCAGCUUCUUGAUGGGGACCCCUGGCCCAGGACUCCUCUUUCCCAAAAAAGUUCCUUCAGGUUUUCUCUCCACUCCCCCACAACGCCAUUAUUCAAGAACCCUUCGGUACAGGGACAAGAGCAUGAAAACACAUGCUUUGGGGCAUCAUACCCCAAAGAAGACAGUUUUCAAAGCUUAGUGUCUCUAAAAACCAGAUAAAUAAUAAUAAAAAUGGAAUAAUCCUAAAGUCCA